CGUCAACGGGUACAUCCCCAAAACCAGUUUCAUCUUCCAUCGAAUCAACAUUGAAGAAGCUUGAAUUGAACUGUACAGACAAAAAAUGGCAGACGGAGAUGGCAGCGUGGAAAGCCUCGAUCUCCUGCCUUCUGCUGUCCUUGCUACCAUCAUGACCAAGCUCGAUUUGCCUUCCAUCUGCUCCGUUGCCUCCACAUGCAGGACUUUCCAUUCUUGUGCUUCUCAAAUUCUCAAUUUUCUUCCCAGUUUUCAUCUUCUUGAAAUUUCUCCAACGGUGGAAUUUCUGAGGCCUCUGCUGCCUCCAAAUCCUUUCCUGAGAAGCCUAAAGGUAGAUUGUGGUCAGCUUGAUGAUUCAGCCAUCCAGCUUCUGCUGAAGCCUUCCUUGCACGAACUCUGUCUACAUAAUUGCUCUGAUUUCAGUGGGAAAUUGCUUUCUGAGAUUGGAGGGUGCUGCAAGGAUCUAAGGUCCCUCUAUUUGAGUUCAGUUGCUGAAAAAAGAGGUCGGGCAAUUCAUAUUGCGGAUCUAGAAGAGUUACUAAGUGGUUGCACACAGUUGGAAGCAUUAACCUUGAUGUUUGAUGUCUCAUUUUUCCUUCGUCAAAAUUUUGCUCGAGUCUGGGCUAUGGCUUCAGAAAAACUAACUUCUCUGGAGAUUGGCUGUAUCUAUUCUGUUACAGUCACCGAACUGCUCAGCCAAAAUUUGGGAAUUGGUAAUUCUGUGAAUCGGAUCGGUCCAUCCAUGUGGCCUAACAUUGAAAAGUUGUGCCUUUCAGUGGACUACAUAACUGAUGCUAUGGUUGGUGCAAUAUCAAAAGGUCUUGUCUCCUUGACUCAUUUGGAACUACAAGAUGCUCCCAUCAUUGAACCAAGAUUUUCUUUUGACCUGACCAACGUUGGCCUUCAACAAAUCAAUCAGCUAUCGAAACUGAAGCAUCUCUCUUUGGUACGAAGUCAGGAAUUUCUUGUAACUUAUUUUAGAAGAGUAAACGAUCUCGGGAUCCUCUUAAUGGCUGAUGGAUGUGCUGACCUGGAAAGCAUCUGUCUCGGAGGCUUUUGUCGUGUUACAGACACAGGGUUCAGAACAAUUCUGCAUACAUUCUCUAAUUUAAACAAGCUUAGGGUGUUUCAUGGAAUCCAAUUAACUCAUCUAGUUUUCCAUGAUAUCUCUGCUACUUCUCUUUCCUUGAAACAUGUUAGCUUAAGAUGGUGCAGUCUCCUAACAAAUGACGCAGUUAAAAAUUUAUCAUUGAACAAGGAUCUAAGUUAUCUUGACUUGAGAGAUUGCAGAAGCCUUCGGGAUGAAGCGCUUCAAGCUAUCGGAACUAUUCCAAAACUGAAGACAUUGCUUUUGGACGGGUCUGAUAUCAGUGAUGCAGGAUUGUCUCACUUAAGACCCUUGAUUAUGAGCUCACUAGUCUCCUUGUCUGUUAGAGGUUGCAAGAAGCUUACAGAUAAAUCCAUCACUGUCUUGUUUGAUGGCUUAUCUAAAAUAGAACUACAUGUAUUAGAUCUAUCCAACCUUCCUUACCUGUCUGAUUCUGCAGUUUUACAACUGACCAGAAGCAAGUUUGCGAUAUCCGAACUCCGAAUGCGUCAAUGUCCGCUCAUUGGCGAUGUCUCGGUCAUGGCAUUAGCUUCAAUGCAGGUCAAUGAAGACCAACGACAUGGGAGUAGCCUCCGGCUGUUGGAUUUGUACAACUGUGGUGGCCUUACACAGCUCUCAUUCAAGUGGUUAAAGAAUCCAUACUUUCCAAGGUUAAGAUGGUUGGGUGUAACGGGAAGUCUACAUCGCGACUUGGUAGAUGCUUUAGCCAGAAGUAGACCAUUCUUGCACGUAGCAUGUCACGGCGAGGAGUUGGGAGCCGACCAUUGGGAUAGCUCAGACAGUCUCUAUUUGCACCACUAUGAUGAGGUGGAUGAAUUUGAACAAUGGCUCUUUGAUGGUGAGGUUGAGAUCGAGGACGAUGACGACGAUAUGGCAGAUGCUGAAAAUGGUGCAGAGCUAAUCCUAUGAUUCCAUGACAGGGUUUGGAUUUGUAUAUGCCAAUACCAUAUGUAUCCUCCUGUUUAAGAUAUUGUAUGUAAAGUAAUUUCAUCUCUUCAAAAUGAACUGUUUAAGGUAUUGUAUUGUAUGUAAAGUAAUUUUAUUCA